ACCACAUAACUGCUUUGACACAUCAAACGGAAUUUUCUUCUUUGCUUUGGCCCAAAACUCUUUCAAAACUUUCCCAAAUACCCUCUGAAAUAAUAAGAAUAUUUCAAUUGUAGGUGAACUGGAGGUCUGAUUCACUGAUCAAAACUACUGAGCUUUGAAUUCGUUGCCUCCCACAACAGCUUUUAGUUACUAUUGUAAUCGAGCUAGUAAAUGACUAGCAAUGAUUCUAAGAUCAGGAGUGAAGCAGAAUCUCCUUUGAGUGAUAGGUAAAACUCAUGCCAAUUCCAGGAGUAACAAUCGAGGAUGUGGACGCCUACUCUGAUGUGUCUAAUGGCUCUACGAUCUCAGUGGGCAGUGCAGCAUCUGGUGGAAGUGGACACAUGCCAAGACCUCCAUCAGGGAGUUCUAAAAGGUCAAAGUCAGUUCAAGGCCGAAGGUCAAGAGUUGCAAAGUCACCUUACUCCAAUUCACAACUCAAAAGCUCAUCAAAACAGCAGCCUCCGAAGCCUGCUGCAAGAAACAUGUGGAUUACUGCAAUGAGAAAUGGAACUGCUACUUUGAGUACAGAAAAUUCACCCAUGAGGACUUGGGGAGGUUCUAGAGCUUCUCAAAAUAAACAGAAUAAAACUGGCACAAGGUCAAGGCAUUUAAGUGAUUACGUUCAGAUCGAAGACCUAAAAAGUAAGAAUCAUGUCAGAAGUGCAAGUAUGUCUGCAAGUGAACCACAGUUGUCUAUUGGUGGCCCUGCGUAUAAACCACAGGAAGACUACUAUGAUGAGAUCAUAGAGUUAAAAAAGGUAAUAAAUACCCUGAAAGCAGAAAACAACAUUCUAAACACAAAACUCCGCAGGGUGGAAGGAGAGAAUGUCUUGAAGGACAGAAAAAUGGAAGACCUCUUGAAUACAAGAAAGCAGCCUGAAGAUGUCAGAAGAACAUUGACAGACAAAAAAGGAGACACUAGUGCUAUUGUGAACAGUUUAAAACAGAAACUCCACGCAGUUGAGAGAACAGUAAAGGACAAAGAAGCAGAAUUAAGUAAGCUAAAGAAGGAUAUAAAAAUGACAAAUAUUGAAGAGCUGCAAAUCCAGAGUGAAACAUACUACCAAGAGGUUCAAAGAUUACAACUGGCUCUUAUAGAAAUGCAGCAAUCUCAGUUGAAUGGUUCUUUCGGAACGAUGAGUCCAAGAAACAGUCCUCUCUCAAAAGGAACCAAAGGAUCCAAGCCCUCGAACGUCUCUCUUCAAAGACUAGCAGAGGAAAACGAAUACCUUAAAGCUGAUAAUCGUGCUCUCAAGAAAGAUCUGUUGACAGCGAUUGCAAAUGCGUCGACUUCAGACAAAAAGACUACUCUCAGAGCUGAAUAUGCAGACAUGAACCGUGGACAACUUCUCGCAAGGAUUCAUGAAUUGGAAGAAAAAGUACAAGACGCAAACGGAAAGAAAACACAGACUAGGAAAGGUUCCUUACCAGAAGAGAAAGAGAAUGGCGAAGAGAGAAGCAAAAGCAUCUCUAAGGCUACUGCUGAAGUGCCAGGAAGAUUGGAGCUAAAGGGAACCACAUCUCAAAAACUAGCUCAACUGCAGGAAAGAGAAGUUGAACUCUUAGAAGAAAAAGAAAAGCAGCGGGAGAUCAUACAAAGGCUGAAAGAAGAUCGCGCUCAUUACAGAGAAGUUGCAGAUGAUCUCAGAGUGCAGUUGAAGUCCACCCAAGAAGAGCUUGACAGACUGAGUGAAGAAAAUGGUAUUGUUGGAGAGAGAAGAUCAUCCACCAGUUCAGUAAGGAGGAAGUCAUCCGUUAAAGAGGUGCCUCCUGAGGAUGACAACGAUGAAGAGAUGGAUACAAUGUUACAAAAUUUCCAACAGCAGCGAGCUGCUAAAGCUCUUCAGAGACAAUGGCGAGGAUACCAGGGAAAGAAAAAAACGGAAAGAGAAGAACAGGAUAGACAAGCAGUAGAAAGACAAAAUCAAGCUGCUGCAACACUACAGAAAAACUGGCGGAAACACAGAGACAAGACCAAACAAAUGGACGAAGAAGCAAAACAAGAGGCAAUAACACAGAUUCAAGCUGCCUUGCGCGGACAAGCGGCACGUAAUAAGUAUAUUGCACAGCUUGAUAAAGAACUGGAAUUUACAGAUCGAGAUGACGCUGCCGUGGCCCUCCAAUCAGCAAUGAGGGCGCACUUAGCAAGAAAAAAGCACCUGGGAUAUAUUGAAGAAGACGAACUUACGUCACGUGAUACGAGAACGAGAGGAAGUUCCAGUCACAACCUCGGCGACUCUGAGCCCGAUUCUGAUGAAGGUCUAGUAACUAGAUCGUCCAGCACUAAACGACACCCAGAACCGGCUACAACAGGUCUGAGGAGAUCAAGUUUAACGGGUUCAAGGCGGAGUUUGAUCACAGCUCCACGAUUCGCAAACAUCUCAGAAAACAGCGAGGAGGAUGAUGCUGUUGUAACUAGUCCAUCGAGAUCGAGUUCGAUUCAAAAGAGGUCUAGCGAACACCUCAGUGAUUCCAUACUGGAAGAUAUCAGACAAAAACCGAUUAAAAAAACCUUUGAGAUCGUCGACAGCGAUGAUGAGGACGACGAGGACGAAGUGAUUGUCUCCCAUCCAACGAGAUCGCUAGACACAGGAUUUAGUCAACAGCGACCUUCUCUUAGACAGUCAGGCCGGCCGCUAAGCUCUUCCACGUCUAGCCAAAGGGAAGUUCUAGACUCCAGUAGAGACGAAGCCCCUCUGAGAUCAGGUUUGUCUAUAUCUAAUAGGCCACUAAGUGGCAGAAGAUUAAGCUUAGAUCGUAGUGAGGGUGGUGACGGCAGAGAAGCGAAGAAUUCCCAAACUUCGAAUUCAAGAAAUUCUAGUGUGCCCGUGAGAUCUGAGGGAGACAGCGAUGAGGAUGAUGGUGACGACGAUGCAGUUGUCUCUCGACCAAGUAGAUCGCUAGAUACAGGAUUCAGUCAACAGCGGCCUUCUCUUAGGCAGUCAAGUCGGCCGCUAAGCUCUUCCACGUCUAGCCCGAGGGAGGUUUUAGAUUCCAGUAAAGACGAAACCCCUAGAAGACCAGGCCUGUCACUAUCUAAGAGGCCACUAAGUGGCAAAAGGCCAAUUGCAGAUCAAAGUGGGAGUGGAAACAGCAGAGAAGCGAGGAAUUUCCAAGCUUCGAGUUCUAGAAGAUCCAGUUUGCCCGUGAGCUCUGAGGAAGACAGCGAUGACGAUGACGCAGUUGUCUCUCGAUCAAGUAGACCGCAAAACGCAGGUUUCAAUCAACAGCGACCUUCUACUCAGCGGUCAGGCCGAACAAUAAGCUCUGCUGCGUCCAGCUCAAGGGAAGUUUUAGACUCUUAUAAGGAGGAAGCCCCUCAGAGACCAGGUCUGUCACUAUCUAAGGGGCCCCUAAGUGGCAAAAAGCCAAGUCUAGAUCGCAGUGGGAGUGGUGACAGCGGAGAAGCGAGGAAUUCCCGAGCUUCGAGUGAAAGGAAAUCCAGUUUGCUUGUGGGCUCAGAGGAAGAAAGUGAUGACGAUGACGUAAUCGUGACAGGUAGAAAGACCAAGACCCCUGGUAGUGAUAAAAAACCAGCUCGUCCCAGUCUUACUCGGAAAUCAUCUGCAAGCUCGACUCCAGCGCCACACAAGCGUGAAUCAAUAGUUAGCAGCCUGGACAACUUUUUCUCUUCCACUGCUUCGUCAAAAGAUUCCAAUGGCAAAAAGUCCCCCCGGAAAACUCUCGCUCAGUUAAAUGAGAGUGAUGAUGAUGAUGAUGAUGAUGAUGAUGAUGAUGAUGAUGAAGAUGAAGAUGAAGAUGAAGUAGUUAGGUCCUCCCUGUCGGGUUCCAAAUCCAAACAGAAACGCAGAGCCUCCACUGAUUCAGUCGCCAAUUUAUGGGCAACAUCGAAUUCCGGAAAUGAUUCAAAGACGAAGCGGAAGUCGGUAAGUUUUACUGAUGAAACCAUGCCUUUGAACCCUGGUUUCGAUCGUUGGUCGAGAUCGUUUUUUAAUGUUCUUGAACAAGACUGUGUCGCUCUACUAAGUCGGUCAGGAAUGGGUAUGCUGGAGGGAGGUAGGUGUGAAACCCCAUCCAAGGGUCCGGGGGCACCACUGCUCUUAGUGACCUCGUGUCGCAGAAACCGACAAAAGCUCUGUCAGCAGGGAUAUUUGGUCCCGUAUGCGUACUUUUUACUACAAAGUCGUCAGAGACAUUUUGCUAAUUUUUUUUCACCUCCAGAGUAUAAAAUCCUCGCCCAGUAAUAAGUGGAAUGCGGACUUUGAGUUUGAGAAACCUUCCCAUCGGCGACCAGACUCACAGCUUGAUGAGCUGUUUUGAAGAGGAGACUCUCUAUAGUUACUCACUACAGAAUAGACUGAGUUUCAUUUCUUAGCAUAUUGCACAAAAAUGAAUGAAAAGUCACUAGUUAUACCCAAGGAGUUGUAGUAUAAUUCAGUAAAUAAACGAAAGGUUAACCAUGUUA